AUGGCAGCGGAAAGCAAGGCGCGAAAGCGCCAGAUAGCCGGCACCAGCCCAAACGACCAGGACCAGCAAAGCCCUCCGGGCAAUGUUUGGCAAAUUGGACGCUUUCGCAUCAACUUGGGUCGUAUACCAGAGUUUCUGAUGCUCCUGCUGCUUGCCUUCGUGGUGGCGU